CUCACCACCCAACCUUUGUGGAUCCUCCAGCUACAAUCUUGCUCUCAAAUACUUCCUACCCGCCCUCCUGGUUUGCGUCUCUCUGUUCUCUUCGCGCGAUCCUCUCGUCAACAAACAGGCUCGGUGAUGCUCAGCUGAGGCUGUACGCUGAAGAUGACUUCCAUCGGCGGAAUGGGGAGCCAGGCUAUCGACAUCAACACUAGAUACAUCAAUGCAUUAAGAACACAAUCGAAAAGACCUCGAGAUGUUCGACCCGACCUUGCACACUCCGAAUGGAGUGUAGAGUACACCCAAACACCACCGUCUCCUCGACCUACCACUGUCAGUCCUCAAUAUUCCCAGACACACUCCGUGAAACCCCCGAAACCCACCAGACAACCGGGGCUCUUGGAACUUCAAAGAUACGACCCACGAUAUCCUGGCUUGCUUCUUCAGCCAGAUUCCAGGCCAAUAAGCCAGGAGCAGUUGGCCUCCGAAGUCAAGAGCAUCUACGCAGGGUUGACAAUGGUGGAGACCAAGUGUGUACAUGUUGACCGUGCACAAGUCCAAGCCGCGGCUGAUUCGAACGAAUCCAAGCUUGGUCCAGACCAUUGGCAAGCUCUGAUAGCCCUUCACAGAACUCUCCUCCAUGAGCAUCACGACUUCUUCCUCGCAUCCCAGCAUCCCUCGGCCAGCCCGGCUCUUCGACGACUUGCGACAAAGUAUUCCAUGCCUGCACGUAUGUGGAAGCAUGGAAUCCACUCAUUCCUGGAGCUUCUCCGUCGGCGCCUGCCAGAGUCGAUCGACUAUAUGCUGGCCUUUAUCUACCUUGCUUAUCAAAUGAUGGCCCUUUUGUACGAAACAGUACCAGCUUUCGAGGAUACGUGGAUUGAGUGCCUCGGUGAUUUGGGUCGGUAUCGGAUGGCCGUUGAGGAUGAAGAUUUGCGAGAUAGGGAGACUUGGGCCGGUGCCCGCUCUUGGUAUUCCAAGGCAGCGGAUAAGAAUCCCACUGUUGGCCGUCUCUACCACCAUCUUGCUAUCCUGGCAAGGCCAAACGCUCUUCAACAGCUUUACUACUACGCUCGUUCCUUAACCUGUGUGAAACCUUUCCCAAGCGCACGGGAAUCUAUCUUCACUCUCCUGGAUCCUAUAUUGGGUCGUCAAACAGCGGCGUCCAACGCUCACGCUCUGCCGAUCGACACAAGUUUUAUCCAGGCCUAUGGAGUGUUGUUUAAGAAAUUGACUCCCGAGAAAUUCGGAGAUGCCAUGGUCCAAUUCCAAUCACAACUCGACUCUCAUAUAGGUAGAGUGACUGCCAAGUGGAAAGAGCAGGGUGUGUAUAUCGCUGUCACGAAUAUCUCUGGUCUUUUCGACUACGGGGCAAAUAACAGUAUCCUUCGGCUCCUGCUGGAACGGCAUAGCGUCUCCCAACAGAGAGGGCUUCCAAAAGAACAUAGCCAUCGUCCACCACCAGCCUCAGAUUUCGAUUUCAGGCUAUCCAAAGCCUUGACCUUGACCAUGUCAACCCUUAGCAUGGUUUUACGACGCAUUGGGGAGAAGCACGUACUGCCUCAUGUUCAUGUCCUCCUCGCUUUCAUGUCCUCCUUCACCAGCCCCAUCAUCAACCUGUCAAAGUGUUUUUCAGUUUGUCCAAGCAUCAUCACUCUAAUGAGCGGCCUCUCCAUGCUACCAACUGCAACUGCAUUACCUCUCCUCGCCCACCAGGCUCCCCCUGCCGAAGAGAAAAGGACCACAUACUCAGAUGAUUCUAUCGGCGAUUGGAUCAUCUCUAGCGCCGUUCUGGUGUACUUGGUCAUAGCGUAUUGGCUUGAUCCGAAGACCAGAAAGCUUUCCCUCGCGGGGAGUGUCAUAUCGGCCACCUUCUGGGUUGCCAUGGUCUCGGAAGGCGAUCGCCCCGAAUUUCCUUCAAAAUAUCGCUGGAAGUAAGUGGGAUAUCAGUUUUGUUUCAGUGCAAAGGGGUAUCACACCACUGGCAUACGAGAGCCCUUGGCUUUCGGUACAGUCCAUGUUACCACUACUGUGUGGUACCUCAACGAAUACGCUGACAUGGCUCGCAGUAUCCUGAAAACUUGGGCAGCAACGACAGUCGCCCUG